AUGGUUGAUGCUGCAAGUCAGGGGUUAAAAUGGUGCGGCACGCUAUCGGAUGCCAGCUGGCUGGGCCCAUUCUUAUCUCCCUGCUCCUUCGAGACAAUGUCGUCCACGCUCCUCCUUGCGACAACGCUCAUCUUGUUACUAGCCCAGGGUACCCGAUUGGCCGUGAUGCAGCAGCUAAGGGUGAAGGGACGAAUACGGAGAGGCAUUUCGGGCCUUAACGGCUCGUACAUAGCAGCUGCGCUCUUUCUGUGCGGCACACACUCAAUCCAUUUCGCUGUUGGCCUGGCGGUGCUGCGCACUUGGCCGUUUCACAUUGCCUACCAUGCCUGCUUCGCUCUCUUAUGGUGCACCAUCGCUACAUUUGCAAUCUACUCCGGACGGCUAGCUGUCGGCGUCGAUUUCCGCAUCUCCUCCAUCCCUGCGACACUGGUUUACCUUAUUAGCCUCUACUCCUACUUCCAGCUGUACUACGACACCCACGCCAUCCCCCUGCCGUACAUCAAGGCCUCCAUUUGGACCGACAUGCUUCAGGUGGUGGUGGCGGCCAUCAUCAGUUGGUUGGGCACGAGGAGGGUCGCGCGGGAACCUAGGCUCGUGGACCUGCAGGCGCAGUUGGGCCUCAGCCCCACAUUGGGCCCAGAUGGACGAGGGCCCUACCAGCAGCUGCCCGCAGCGGAAGACGGGGGCCGUGCCGGCAGCGCCACCGCAGGCGGGAAGUCGGCGGAGGCCGGCGGGGGGGACGGUGAUGGUGGCGGCGGUGGCGACACCGACAAGAGCACUUGGAUCAGCCUGUUUGUGGACGCCUGCGCGUACGUAUGGCCCGAGUCGUUCUGGCUGCAGCUGCGCGCCGUGAUGUGUCUGCUGCUGCUGGUGGCCAUGCGAGCUCUCAACCUUGCCGUACCCAUCCUGUACAAGAAGGUUGUGGACCGUAUGGCAGAGGGGAGCAGCGGAGGUGGAGCGGCCCAGCCCGAUCAUGCAGCGGCAGCGCGGGAGGGUCGCGGCCUGGGUCUGGACCUGGGCCUGGGCCGGUUGCUGGAGUCGUGGAGGGCUGCUGGUGGUGGUGGUGGGGGUGGGGGUGGUUGGGAAGCAGGGGGCGCGGAUACCCUGAGCUACGGGGCGCUUGUGUGGCCCUGGGUGGUGCUGUACCUGGUGGCGGUGUUCUUCCAGGGCGGUGCCGGGGGCGGCGUGGUGGGCUUCAUCAACAACAUCAGGUCCUUCCUGUGGAUCCCCGUGGCCCAGGACUCGUACAGACGCAUCAGCAUGCGCACUUUUGACCACGUGAUGGAGCUCGACCUGACCUUCCACUUGCGCAAGAAGACGGGCGAGGUGACCCGGGUGGUGGACAGGGGCACCAACGCCAUGCAGAACGUGUUGUCCACGGUGCUGUUCAACAUAUUGCCGCAGAUAUUCGACGUGCUUGCGGCCGCCACGUACCUGGCUCAGGCGCUUGAACCCACCAUCGCCAUCAUCGUGUUUGUCACCGUGGGCUCCUACAUACCCCUGACCGUCUUCAUCACGGAGUGGCGGGCCAAGCUGAGGAGGGAGAUGAACCAGACGGACCAGGUGAAGAGCGGGCGGGCCACGGAUGCGCUGCUGAACUACGAAACCGUCAAAUACUUCUGCAACGAGAAGCACGAGUCGCAGCAGUACGCCUCCGCCAUUGCUGCCUAUCAGUCCGCGGAGUUCAAGUCCAUGUCCUCCAUCAACAUGCUCAACGUGGUGCAGUCCGCCAUCAUGUUCUGCGGCAUUGCCUCGGGACUGCUGGUGUGCGCGGGUGGUGUGUCCGCCCACGUGCUGACGGUGGGAGAUGCGGUGCUGUUCCUCAGCCUUAUGGCCCAGCUGUACGGACCACUCAACUUCUUCGGGUCGUACUAUCGUACCAUUCAGCAGUACAUGAUCGACAUGGAGAACCUGAUGGAGCUGCUCGAGCGGCGGUCGGUGGUGGAGGAGAGCCCGGCGGCCCGGGAGCUGGUGGUGACUCAGGGCGAGCUGGUGUUUGAUGACGUGUCUUUCCAGUACGACCGGGGGAAUCUGGUGCUGCGCCGCGUGAGCUUCCGGGUGCCCGGGGGGAGGACCGUCGCGUUCGUGGGGGCGACUGGCAGCGGCAAGUCCACCAUCACCAGGCUCAUAUUCAGGUUCUACGACGUGUCCUCCGGGGCUAUCCGUGUGGACGGUCAGGACGUGCGGGAGGUGACCCAGGCCUCGCUGAGGAGGGCGGUGGGCAUGGUGCCGCAGGACACGGUGCUGUUCAACGACACCAUCAUGCACAACAUCCGGUACGGCAAGUUGUCGGCCACAGAUGAAGAGGUGCGCGUGCCUCAGGCCUUAACCUCUGCCAGCCGCCUGACUGUACGUAUGUAUGUAUGUAUGUAUGUAUGUAUGCUCGGACUGCAUCCAUCCAUUCCGUCGAUGACUUCAUCGCCUAGGACUCCCUCGGGGCAGCUUCACACUUUGGGCGGCGGCAGUGUGUUUCCGGAUGAGGCCACCUCUGCUCUGGACACCAUCACGGAGAAGAAAAUCCAGUCGGCGCUGACCGAGCUGCGCUCCUCCCGCACCACCGUCAUCGUGGCCCACCGUCUAUCCACAAUCGCCGAUGCGGACACGAUUGUGGUGAUGUCGCUGGGCCAGGUGGCGGAGGUGGGGGACCACCUGGGGCUGCUGGCGAAGGGGGGCCUGUACGCGGAGAUGUGGGCCCGGCAGGCGGCGACAGCGGCGGCACAGGUGGGUGGCGGUGAGGACAGCGAGCGAACAACCUCACGGCCGGGCAGCGCAAUGGACCUCACCCGCCUCGGCAGUAACAACAGUAACGGGGCGGCAGUGGCGGCGGCCGGGGGGCCGGGGGGGGCAUCAGCAGCACCCGCUCCAGCCCCCACCCCACCCACCGCCGGCACUGAGGCCGCCGCUGCCGCUCACAUGACGUCCUGGGGCGGUACGGACGCCGCCGCCGCUGCCAGCGGCAGGGGAGCUGUGGCGGCCGGCGGUACGGACACUGCUGGUGUCGUACCGCCUGCUGCAGCGUCCACCCCUCAGCUCCCUCCCCACUCACCCGCACCUUCACCCUCUACUGCCCAGCUGAUUGGCGGUCAGGACGCGGAGUGUGAGGGUGUGGGUGAGGCGCCGGCAGGAGGAGGGGGAGGAGGGCUGGGCAGUGUGGGCGGUCCGGAGGCUGCGGGGGCCGCAGCUGAGGCCACCGCGGCGAUGACUUCAGCAGCAGGUGCCGGGGCGGCUGCGGUAGCGGGACGAGCCACUGAGGCGGCUGGUGAUGGUGGCGGUGGGGGUGGGGGCGGGGCGGCGCGGUUGGUAGCGGAUUCCGGAGCUCAGAUUGGAACAACAGCAGCAGCAGGAGGAGGAGGAGGAGGAGGAGGAGGAGGACCCUCCGGCGGGCGGGGCGGGGGUGGUGGUAGUGGUGGUAGUGGGGGUGGUAGCGGUGGAAGGGGCGGUGGAGCUGCCUCAGGGUCGGGUCGCGGGGGUAAGUCUCGCAAGGGGCGCAAGUAG